AAAGAAAAAACGGCAACCAAACCAAAGCGCGUCGUGCUCGUCUCUCUUUGCUUCUUCCAGCUCCAGACUCCAGCUCCGUCCCCGCGCAUAAUUAAUUGCCUCACUAACCUCUGCUUCUUCUUAAGGUAGAGAGAGAAAUAGAGAGAGAGAGAGAGAGAGAGAGAGAGAGAGCUCAGGAUCGACGAGACACCAGCGAAGACGUUGAGGCGCGCACGUGGGCAGCCCGCGCGUCCCCUCCCCCAUCGCCGCCGUGCUGCUUAGAUCCGUCGAGCUCCGGUCCCGCCGUUUCUUGCGGCGGCGAGCGAGCGAGCGAGCACAAGGAGUUCUUGCUGCGCCUGGGAGGAGGAGGAGGAGGUGCAGCACGAUGGCUGUGGACCGUGGGCUCCUCCUGCUCGUCGUCUCGGCCGCCGUCCUCGUCGGGCUCGCCUCCGCGUCCCCCUUCAUUUCCGACAGCGUGUUCCUGGGGAGCGUCGGAUCUACGGGGAGGAGCUUGCUGCAGGCCAAGAAGAAUUGCCCUGUGAAUUUUGAGUUCCAAAACUACACAAUAAUCACAAGCAAGUGCAAAGGGCCACGGUUUCCUGCUAAACAGUGCUGCGAUGCUUUCAAGGAAUUCGCAUGCCCAUUUAAUGAAUAUAUCAACGACGAGAGCAAUGACUGUGCAUCAACAAUGUUCAGCUACAUCAACCUCUAUGGCAAGUAUCCACCUGGUCUGUUUGCAAACGAGUGCCGAGAAGGCAAGCUAGGUCUUUCUUGCGAAGGCGUUUCCCAAAAAGAUAGUGUCGUUUCAAGUGCUGGCCAGCAAGCUCAGAGCAGCUUGCUUGCUUUCAUCAUGCUGACCUUUGGACUAGCUGCAUUGUGGUUCCAUUGAGUUAUUAUGUCUUCCAUUUAUCCAAAGUUGGUGUGCUGUUGUAACCAAUGAGGAUUGAGUUAGUUCACCCGGCUGGGCAUUUUCCUUUUGCGUGUAAAAUCCUUUGUAAUUUAUGGCAGAGGCUACGUAUUAUCUGGAAUCUCACUUCUCGGUUGACUACUUAGAACUCACCUUCUGUCGCUGCAUUGUAACUGCUACAUUAUGUUGCAUCAAAUUCAUGUCAUUCAUGUGUAUAAUGGUAUUUGUUGUUUUGUUAACAUGAACGAUUACAACAGAAGGCAA